GAAAAACACACACACACUUACUCACACACUCUCACACACACCGACACUCGGCGAAAAAAAGUCAGUAUCCCAUUACAGUCGUACUGCGCCGAGGAGACGGCAGUAAGCAUGGAAAAACAAGGCAUUUUACGGAAUAACUUUCAAUAAUUCUUGACCAGGACAAACACCUUCACGAACCGGUCGCCAUGGAGAGUGCCAUCACGCUGUGGCAGUUCCUGCUGCAGCUCCUAUUGGACCAGAGCCACAGUCACCUGAUCUGCUGGACGUCCAAUGACGGCGAGUUUAAGCUGCUCAAGUCUGAAGAGGUGGCCAAGCUGUGGGGGCUUCGCAAGAACAAGACCAACAUGAACUACAACAAGCUCAGUAGAGCACUACGAUACUACUAUGACAAGAACAUCAUCAAGAAGGUGAUUGGUCAGAAGUUCGUCUACAAGUUCGUCUCGUUUCCCGACAUCCUGAAGAUGGACCCUCAAGCUGUGGAGAUGGGACACGCCGCCAUGCAGGAGGUGGAUUCGGACGGUGGCGAGGGGGAGGAGUCUUCCGCUCUGCAGCCUCUGGCGUCCCUGAGGAGCCCCGCCCACCGGAGCGACGCGUCCUGCCUGCAGACGCCUGCUGCAGCGGCCCUGCACUCCCUCAGGAGCCCCGCCCACCGCAACGAGUACCUGCACUCCGGACUCUACUCCUCCUUCACCGUCAGCUCCCUACAGGCUCAGGCCCAGGCCCAGGCCACGCCCCUACAGGGCCACGCCACGCCCCCGCCACUGCUGCGCCCAAUCAAAGCGGAGAGGAGUGAGCGAGGUGGUGGAUACGGGGAGGGGGGUGAUGGGGGCAGGACUGUCAUCCGAUUCGUCAACAGGCAGGAGCGCGGCUCGGGAUCGCAGGCUGUGGUGUCCUUGCCUUCCUCUCCGCUUGACCCCACCUCUUCCUCCUCCUCCUCAGCCAAUGAGGUGUUCUUCUCCUCCACGAGGCCCCUCCUCUCCCCUCGCUGCUCCUCCUCCUUCUCCUCCCCCUCCCCUUCCCCCUCCCCCACCUCCUCCUCCUCGCAUCACAGCCCCUCGGCCUAUCACCUGCAGCCAGACACGGACGGGGACGAAUCAGAGCAGGGCUCCUCUCAGCCCCUCAACCUCUCGUCCAAUCAUAGGGAGCGGGCUCAGGCUCAGUCGCAGGCCCCGCCCAAUGGACUCCCGCUGCCCAAUCAGAGUAAAGGCAGGAAGCCCAAAGGCCUGGAGAUCUCGGCUCCUUCAAUCCUAUUGGCUGGGAGCGACAUCGGCUCGAUAGCGCUGAAUAGCCCCGCCCUCCCCUCAGGGUCCCUCACGCCGGCCUUCUUCACCGCACAGACUCCCUCAGGUCUGCUGCUGACCCCCUCUCCUCUGCUCUCCUCAAUCCACUUCUGGAGCAGCUUGAGUCCUGUAGCCCCCCUCAGCCCAGCACGACUACAGGGCCACGGGUCUCUGUUCCAGUUCCCCACUCUUCUCCACGGGCCACUGCCGGUGCCUCUCUCCAGCCUGGAGGCAUCUCCCUCCUCCCCCUCUCCUCUCCUCCUCUCAUCCAGUGUACAGAAGUCCUAAACCACCUUAUCUCCUCUCUCCUAGUCCUCUUCUACUCAUCCUCCUCCCCCUCUCCUC